AUGGACGGUGACGUAUCAUUUACGGCUAGUUGUGGUUUCUUAGACCGAUGGAAGAAAAGACACGGAAUCAGGCAGCUUACAAUAACUGGGGAGAAAUUGUCAGCAGACAACAAAGCAGCUGUUGAAUACCUUGAGGAGUUCAAAUGCAUCAUUUCUUCCUACUCGCCCCAGCAAGUUUACAACGCAGAUGAGACAGGACUUAACUUUAAAGCAUUGCCUACCAAAAGUCUUGCAUCACAAGAGGAACGAUCUGCACCAGGGUUUAAAAUGGAUAAACAGUGCCUAACUGUGUUGGCCUGCAGCAAUGCUUCUGCCACAAAUAAGCUUCCACUAAUGGUUAUUGGCAAAUUGGCAAAACCACGCUGUUUUAAGAACAUAAACAUGAACUCUCUCCCUGUUUUUUACAGAAAUCAAAAGAAAGCUUGGAUGGAUCGUGCCUUGUUCCAAGAAUGGUUUGACAAGCAAUUUGUGCCAAAAGUAAAGGCGUUUAACAAAGAAAAUGGAUUGCCUCCUCGUGCUUUGUUACUUAUAGUCAAUGCUCCGUCACAUCCAGAAGAAAUGCAAGUUGUUUGCGAUGAUAUCAAGGCUAUUUUUCUCCCACCAAAUGUCACAUCGAUUUUGCAGCCAAUGGACCAAGGGGUUUUGCAGGCUUUGAAACAGAAUUAUAGAAAAAUGCUUCUUCGUAGCCUACUUGAAGAUAAUGAAGAGCUAACAAUUUUGGAUAAACUCAAGAAAAUGAACAUCAAAGAUGUUAUUUACUGGGUUGCUGAAGCUUGGGAAAACACACGCAAGGAAUCCUUACAGAAGUCUUGGAAAAAUCUCUGGCCUGAGCUAGAGUUUGUCCAAACAGUUUUCCCCCCGACAAAAGAAAAUUGCGAACUUAUUCAAUUGGUGAAAAGAAUGCCAGGUUGUGAAAAUGCAGAAGAAGAGUGCGUGGAAGAGUGGACGGCCGUUGACGACUGUGGCCAUGAAGAAUACACAGAUGAUGACAUUGUGGCAGCUGUGCAGGGAACGUCAGCUGAUCUCGACGCAGACGACAGUGAGGAGGAAGGGGACGCGCCGACUGAUGUUGUUCCACACACUGCCGCAGCCAGUGCCCUUGAUCUCGCUUUGCGCUACGUUGAGCAACACGCCGAUGCAACCCCAACAGAUGUUAUGUUUAUGCGGCGUUGGCGAAACAUUGCUUCUUCAAGCAGUUUUAGUUCGUUGCGUCAGAAGAAGAUCACUGACUUUACUUCUUAG